AACUCAGCAAGGCAACCUAUCCUAGAAUAGGUCGAUUUGUUUGAUUUAUUGGAGUGUUUAUUUGCUCAAGAAUAUACACAUGUUAUUCAGAAGUUCACCAUAUCCAUAUCUAAUGUUUGUGUUUUUGCAUACAUGAUAAAUCUAGUUUGAGUUUUGGUUUAGUUGAAGAAAAUCUUGUGUUUUGUUUCUUCUGUUUGAAAGGCUUAUUUUUAUCUAGAAAUAUAAGAUGAGAUUAUCUUGUGAAAAGUUCGUUGAGCUGGUUCGUUUUACCAAAAAUGCUGAGUUUUUCCUUGUUAUUCAAAAAAUAAAGAAAUAAAGCAAAUUACAAGAAAAACCAUCAUAACUUGGUGAAAUUCUGGGCGAUUUCUACAACUUUAAAAAAAUGGUCAAUUACUGCAUGUUAUAAUUUUGACAUUUUUUUCAACCUAAUCUCAUAUUUGAGAGAAAUUAUAUUUGAUGUGGCAAACAGAAAUGUUAACUAAAUGUUGCUUUUUAAUACACUUAGUAAGUCACAUAUUUAAUUUUUAUAAAUGUAAAUGCCAUGUUAAUAAAUUCAUAAAGACGUUAUAAAAAAUUUCAGCAGAAGGGGGUAUCACUCAAAAGUAUCCACAACUUGGUUUGAGUUCAGUAGUAUCAAUAUGAAUGCAUAUAUUUCAUUGCAAUGCUUUUGCUUUUACUUUUACUUUUACUUUAGUUUCAAUGGAUUCAGUUAGUGGUUACUUGUUUUGCAAAAAUAAAAUACUUAAACAAGCUACAAAAAAUUGUUGGCGAAAAUGAACCCCCCAUGGCUCUUUCUAUUUGAAAAUAGGAAAAAAAAAUUAAGGAUCUUAUCACCUUUGAUUCAAUUUCUCUUUUAAUAUGAAGAAUUUAUGCUCAUGGAGUUUUAAAGGCCAAAAUACCAAAUUUAUCAAGAACAUUUUUACAUCAUCACAACUCAUCAGGUCGGAAUCAGAAAUGAAAUUGGGAGUAGUAUCCAAUAAUGGAAUAAAACCAAUAUAAUACGUGUUCUAGAGUGGUAGUUUGAAGUUUGUAUAAGAGAAGGAAAACAAUGAGCCUCCCAAAGAAUUGUUACACAAUUAAGCCCAGAUUUUAAACCUAAUAUAUAUGAAACAAAAAUUUAUUUUACACCAUUUAAACUUGAUUUACAAGAAAUUAAAGAAUUAAAGUACUAUUUUCGUCCCACUCAAAAUGUCCACAUUAUUGAGUGACACAUGAUUCUAGGAGAAGUUGUUAGAUGGAGUAAGUAGAAAGAAAAAUGUAGAAUAUUUUAAUGGCGAGAGAUAAGAGAAUGAUUUAAUUCUAAAUAUAGAAAGUGAACAUAUUGAGUGAGACAAAUUAAAAAGGAAAAAAAAUGGACACUUGAAUGAGACGGAAGGAGUAAAACAUACUCCUUCGGUGCACGUUACUUGAGUCACUUUUUUUUACAUUUGUUUUGUAAAAAUUAAAAUAUUAAAGUGAAGAGAAAGUAAAGUAAAGUAAAAGAGAGAAUUGUGUUACUAUUUCUAAGAUUUUCUUAUUUUACCAAAAAAUAUAGUAGUAUCUGUUAGUAUUUACAAAAAGGAUGAUUUCUUCAUGAAAUAAAAAGAGGAAUUAUUAGUACGCAUAAAUAGAAACGACGACGACACAUCUUAUCCUCGGAGAAGAUGGGAAUAAAUGUGUUGAGCUUGGCGACACCAACAAUCGUAAACCCAAUAAUCAACAACGGGAUGCAUAAAUUCGCCAAGAUCGAGUCACCAAACAACAAGCUUCAACUCCGCCGCGCCGGAUUUCCCAACACUAGAACUAGAAGACUCCGUUGCUCGAUUCGCGACGAACAACACCUGGAUUCACCUCAAGAACUCAGGGUUCCUAGCCAUUGGUUGGAGCCUCGUAGAGCCGCUGAGGAAUCGGCAUGGCUAAGAGAGACGCUGCAGAAGUGGUUGGACGAGGAGUACUGCCCUGAGGCGACGAACGUAGAAAUAAGCAAGAUUGCGGGUGAUUCACUGUACAAAUCGUUGGUGGAAAAACGAGCUGAUUUGGGAGAGAUCCUCUUGAAAAUGGCUCUUGAACUGGAGUCCAUAUCCUACCAAGAUAGCUUCCAUGGAGCCUUCUCCUCAGCAAAUGCAGCUGUUAAUCUUAUUGUUCAGCGAAUAUUGCAGGACUAAUCUAUCAAUAUAUGUAUAUAUUGCUUAGAAUCUAUGGAGUGGAAAUUAUUGUUGAUGGAUUCAAUUCUCAUGUUUUGUCA